UAAGGACAAGGGCACACUCUUCUGUCAGUGCUGUUUUCUUACAUGAGUACCAAACAUGGCGAGGUUUCUGAGGCCUAACAUCAGGAGUUUUGUCACCUCACAGCUGAGAAUGUCAUCUGACCAGUUGGGUGAGCUGGGUAAAGGUGCAGGAAAAGGUGGUGGAGGUGGAGGGUCCAUCAGGGAGGCUGGUGGAUCCAUGGGGAAAAAGCAGGCUGCUGAGGAGGAAAUGUACUUCAAGCGUAAGGAGCAAGAGCAGCUGGCUGCACUGAAGCAACACCACCAGGAGGAAAUUGACCACCACAAGAAGGAGAUUGAACGUCUGCAGCGGGAGAUCGACCGCCACAAGGGAAAGAUCAGGAAGCUGAAGCACGACGACUGAGUGAAACCUUGCCAAAAAAAAAAAAAAAAAAAAGUUUAAAGUUCCAGUUUUCUCACCGUCCCAGCCAAACACAUUAGUAAUCACAGAUUGCUGCAUGCACUGUGUCAGUGGGCCAGUCAUGAAUGUGUGGAUGAUUGUUCUGUAAAUGCUUGAAAAGUUAUUAAACCAAUCAUAAAAUGAUUGUUGUUUUCAUGGCA